AUGACGGAAGUUGGAAAGGCUUUCCAACCGAAGCAACGAACUGCGUCACUCCAUAUCACUAUCGGCAACCUUUCUCCGUUUCGGUCGUCCUCGCAGAGAUAUGUCGUGGUGUCCAACGAAUUGGGUGGCGUCACGGGUUGGCUCGGGUCCAUCUCCAGGAGCGUCGUCUGCGCCCUCGGUAAAGACAAGGUCACCUCGUCGCCCAAGGACCUCUUUCCCAGCCUCCUCAAGCAGGAUGCCAAACGCCAAAAGGGCCGUUUCAUCCAUACUUCGGUCAGUGACGUUCCUGUCAUCUGUGGCCUGACGCUCGCGGUUUCUCGCGCUGUAGUAUGA